CUCACUCCAAGCCCGCCAAGUCAGGAACCAGUUCAUUAAUUUGUCCUUUCAUGUUGCUCUCUAUUUAUUUUCUUCUCUAUCAGCUUCUUGUGUCAUCUUUAUGUGAUCAAUGCCAAAAUGUUGUUGAAACACUCUAAUGCCUUUGCCUUCAAUUUCCACCAGCCAUUGCCAUUGGGUGGAAAGUCAUAAGAGAAAUCAAGAUAUGGGUGUUGGUGGUGUUAGCCUUAGAAGGUUGCUUCUUGGAGCUUUGGUGUCUGUGGGAGUUAUCUGGUUUAUGUUCCUUGUUGCAAUCUCAGUGAACAGUAAAACCAAAAGGACAGUUCUAGUUCCAAUAAAUGUUAUCUCCAAGCAUUUGAAGUUGGUUGGCAUGCAGAGACAUGCCCUGCAUUCAAAUUCUGGAAUGAUCUUUGUGAGCAAGAGAAGAGUACCCAAUGGACCUGAUCCAAUACAUAACAGGAAAGCAGUGAAAUAUAGACAGCCACCAACGCAAGCCUGAUCGGUGUGAAGUUCCACAGCUAGUUUCAGGAAAAAUCAUAGAAGAAAUCCUGAUUUUUUUUGCUAUUCUCUUAUGGAAGAAUUCAGUGUGUUCUAUAAGAUAAUGUUGUUACAUAGUAUUGCAAUUUGCAAGUGUUUUUGAAGGCUACAAGUGUGAUCCUAAUGUUCUCUUUCUGCAUUAUUUUAGAAUUUGUAUUAUUUUAGAAUGUACCUUUCAUGUUGUUGUAAAUCAAAGCCUUAGGUAAUGAAGUAACCAAAAUUUUGGAUGCAA